GCCCCACCCCCUCGCACUUCCAACCGGACGGGAAAGCGCGGCCGAGAGGGUUCCGUGAAGGCCAGAAAGAGCGCUGCAUUCGGGGACAGGGCACGGGUGAUGUACCAAAGUGCCACUUCCACAGUUUGGAAAUAAUAUUCUGAAAUGACUACCCUGCUUAUAUCUCAUCAUGUCUCUGAAAUGAAGUUCCCCACAGUCCAAAGAUGGUGUGCUGUAUGUGCAGAACAAGAUCCUAAGAUAUUGAUGCAUGUUUGUGUCUGCUGAAUUGUGGCAACAAUAUCCAGAAUGGAAUAUCAUAACAUUCAUUGAAGAAUAGUUCCAAUGUCAUAAAUAUGGUGUUGUUAUCUACCCACCAAGGAAUUUACCAUAUACUUUUGAGAUGAUGCAUGUUGUUUUUGCUAAAGAAGUAUUACGAAUAAUGUGCUAUCAAAGCUGAGUCUGCUGUACAAAAAUCAUUUAUAGCAUUUCAGAAUGAACCUGAAAUUAAACCACACUACAACAUCAUUGAAGAACUUGUUUUGGUAAUUGUAAUUUUCAUCUCCAAGUCCAGAUCUGUUCAAGUUUUAAAACAAAGUCAUAUUUACAAUGGAGCUGGAAUCCAUUAAAAAGAAUGUAAAUGUAACAACUUUAAAUGGAGAGGUGAUCUCUUUUAUUGUAUCCAAGGAAAAACAUCCCAGUGGGAAAAAUGUUUGCAUACUGAAGUUCAGAAGAAUGGUGUUUAAUUCAGAAUCCGGGAAAUGGAUGAACAAAUUUGCAGGGAAAUAUGCCACAGAUAAAAAAAGUUCCAAUUCACAAAUUGUUGCCUGUAGUUGCACUAUUGAUUCAAGAACAGGACAACAUUUUCCUUGUAUCUUGCUAAAGAAGCAUAAAAAAGGUUCUAACUUUGGAUAUAUUUUACUAAUAUUACAGAAUUCAAAUAAAAUUGAGCAUCAUUUGGACUUUGAACUGGACUAUGAAAUGAAAGAGAAUCUGACACUCUUGACUGGGCCUAGUGUUUAUUGGAGUUGUGACAAUCAAGUUUUACAUGUAUCGAUGCAAACUAAUGGCAUUGUAAGCAUUCCACUUUUGUUUACUGCAGUUACAUGGAUUGGAGAGCUUUCUGAUGGAGAUGUUAUUAUUCUGGGUACAAGGAAAAUGGAUAGACCUAUAAAACAAGAUAAAGCUGUAGUACCUAAAGCUGAUAAACAGAUCUGGGGUAGUGAAUUUAUCACUUAUUCCAUGAAAAAGAAACAAAUGUGCAAUCGCCGUUUCGUUCCAAAUGCUUACAGCACAGUGGUUACACAUAUACUCAAUUGUCCUUUUGUUAAUGCCGAGGAUCCAUUAAAGACCACAAUUAUAGCAAUCACAUGCAAAAAUCAACUGAUUAUGUUUGAAAAUUGCAUCCCCAAGAAUGUUUGUCAGCUUCCUUUUGAAGAUGCCUGUGAAAUAAAAAUGGCCACAACUGGCAGAGAGAAUCAUCUCAUCCUUUUAUCUUCGAGAAGUGGAAAUGUUUGUGCUGUCUCAAAGGAAAGUUGGCAGGUUGUUGCUGUUUGGGAAGACAUAUGGUCAAUACAGUUGGAUGAUUUCUUGGGUAUUGGGACCGAGCAAAUUUUAUUGUUCCCUAGGGGAUGUUCCACUAGUGAAAAUUGUCUGAAAGAUUUUAUACUGACUGACCUCGGCGAAUAUAGCUACAGAGCUAACUCUGGGCUUGCCGAAGACAAAAUAGUGCAAAUUAAUAACACAGCAGAUGUGAACCGUCACCACACAGUUCAAGCCCUGGAGGCAAGGCUGCAGUCAGGCUUGACAUCUCUUAAAGAGCUGAAGCAUCUGCUAAGAGCCAAAGAAAGAGUAUUACUUCUGUCUUCCAAGGCCUUAAUAAAUCUUAUUGAGGGAAAACAUUCCCCGUUACCCAGUGCUGAAGAGGAAGGUUUAGUUUCUCUCUGGCAUGAUGAGGGUACUGACCUACAGCUCUCCACAGAAAAGAUUUCCUCUACCGAUCAGACAUUAAAUAACCCAGUACAGAAGAUCUGGCAACGUGUAGUAGAUGACAGCUGGAUAGUAGGAGUACAAAUAUCUGAAUCCACCACACUAAUAUUUGAUUCUGUGAGUUUGUCACUAGUGAUGGAUCCUGACCCUCUAAAUACUACUGCAAUGAUUCACUCUCAAAGUAAAGUACUGAAGCUAAGAAAACCUGGAACAUCAUCAUUACUUCCUCAAUGUCCAGUAGAGCCUCCAUUAAAGAAAUCAAGACUGGACUUACAAGAUACAAAAAAUUUGAACAGCUGCCAUAUAGAAGAUCCAUGUUUUCAGAUUUACAAAGAUCAUACACAGACCAUCACAGUUGCAACAAAUCUUUCUCCACUGCUGGUUUUCAGUAAUAUUCACUGUUCUGUGUUACUGCAUGGUAUGAUGAUGGGUUCUAACCAGAAAACUGAAUUAUCAAAAAUAGAAAGUAUCUCACCAUGUGGGAAGGUAUCCUUAAACCUGGAGGACACCUGGAAUGAAAAGUAUACAACAGUCUUAAUGCAGAAUCCUUCACUAUGUACAGACGAGGCUGCAGAAGACUUUUAUGCUAUUAUAGCCGCUUCCCAAAGGUCAUUCUUCAGAAUAUUCUCCCAUGAUUAUACACUUCCUCCAGUGAAAGAUUGGCUAUUAGGUCCAAUGCAAUGUGAGCCUCUGAAAAUCUAUCCAGCAUAUUGGCAGUGCUUAAAAAUGGGGUUUCUCCUUAACUGGCAUCUCCAAAAUCCCUUUAAAGGAAUUUUAACAGUGAUAUGGAGGAAUAAAUCAGUUUUGCUGACGUUCCUUCGUAGUCUUAUUGAAAUCCUUACACAAGGUUGUGAAAUAACACACAUGAGUGCUGGAACUGAAGACCAAAUGACAGACGUUUUGGGACAUGAUCUUGAACAAGAGGCACUGGCCUUCAGAAAUCGCAUUAUUUCUGCAAUUGUAGAAGCUGAGAAUGAAUUCACAAUGAGAGCUAAAGCAGAGAAAAAAAAGAACACUUUUCUUAGCACUCCUCUGUUAGACAGUGAGGCAAAAUUACGGGAGUACAGAGAGAAGUUCAAAGUCGAACAAGAACAAAGUAUUUUGGGGAUGAACCUGUCAAUCACAGUUCCUCAGUACAGAGAAAUAACAAAGGAGCUGACUAACAUGCAGCUGAACACUGAUAGCUCUGCAUGGAGGCUCAGUAGAUUCCACACUUCAUUUUCUGUUUAAUAAUUGAGAUCUAAUUUCCAUGAAUUCAACAGAGAAGUUAAUUUGAUUAGACAAAAAGUGCAUAUUUCUUUCAUCCUUUCUGCUGUUUUCAUCCCUUGAAAUGCUGUUGUAAAAAGUCUUUGUCCUGUCUCCAGAACAGUUUUCAUGCUCAUGUAGAGCUGUGUGCGUUGUUGUCAAUAUAACAAGCUUCUCUAUUUAGUUACUGCUUUGGAAAUGGGGAGGUCGUAUGAGAGGUUGGUAAUUGAGGAAGAUGGUAGGAGAAACCUAAUUGUUAAUAGGUGUUAAAAUACUUUUUUUUUUAAAUUGUAUUUUUGUCUUAAUAUAUAUUGUAGUUCCUGUUGGAAUUAUUUGCAUCAAAGAUACAAAUGCUACAUCAAAAUUAAAUUUCAAUUCUGUUUAAUCCUUUCUAUUCUCAGACAUUAUCAAGUAUACAAUUUAGAGUAUUUAUUGGAUCAGAUUGUGCUGAUCCAGGCAUAUGCCUUGCAGUAACUAUUAUCUUUAACUCUACUAACACUCUAUGUAUUAGCAGCACAUGGUUUCCAGUGUACAUUUCCAAAUACCUGUGGUCGUAUACUGGUCAUUUCUUGAGGUUCGGUAGACCGCGUAUGGUAACUGUGUUUCAGGUAGAAUGAACUAAGGUCCUGCCAAUGGAUUACUUUACAGGUUUCUGUCAGAAGGCCUCUUCAGUCCUUCCAAUAUAAGUAAACUAGAUUAAACCAAAGUUGGAAAUUCCUUUAAAAUGAGUUCAGCACAGAAAUCGAAAGUGCAGCAAGUCUGUAGAACUGUUCUGGCAAAUUGUGUCAACAUUGCUCUCACCUUUUCUUCUACAAGCACUUUGCUGGUACCAACUGGCAGCAUCUCAAGAAGUUAAAACUUUGUUGUGUAACAUUCCAAAUACGUAUAUACAGCCCAUGAUAUAUCGAUCAAUACGAACCAGGAGUUGUGGAGGCAGCAGUAAUUUUCUCUAAACUCACAUUGUCUGAGUGACGGUCAGUUCAUCAAUGAAGUCUGGUUGCCUGGAGUAAUUAGAUUGCUAUAUAAAAAAACACAAUGCUUUUAAGGCUAACUGCAACCAGACUCUGAUUAACUCUGUCCGGAUAGUAAGACAUAGGAGCAGAAUUAGGCUAUUUGGCCCAUCAGGUCUACUCUGCCAUUUGAUCAUGGCUGAUUUAUUUUCCCUCUCAGCUCCACGCUCCUGCCUUUUCCCCGUAAUCUUUGAUACCCUUGCUAAUCAAGAACAUAUUAACCUCCGCGUUAAAUAUACCCAAUGACUGAGACUUCACAGAUAUCUGUAGCAAUGAAUUCUGCAGGAUGAGUUCCUCAUCUCUGGUCUAAAGGGAUGUCCUUGUAUUCUGAGGGUGUGCCCACUGUUCCUAAAUUUUCCCAAUAUUGGAAAUACCUUCUCCCUGACCAUACCACCAAGGCUUUUCAGUAUUCAGUAGGUCUCAAUGAGAUCCACCCUCAUUCUUUUACAUUUCUGUGAAUAUAGCCCCAGAGUCAUUAAAUGCUCCACAUAUGCUAACCCUUUCAUUCCCAGAAUAAUUCUCGUGAACCUCCUCUGGACCCUCUUCAAUGGCAGCACGUCUUUUCUUAGAUAAGGGGCCCAAAUUUUCUUACAAUACUCUCAAGUGCCUUCCUUUCUACCAGCAAGCUGUAAGUUAACUUUCAGGGAAUCAUCCACUAGGUCCCUCAAGACACUUAGCAUCAGCCAAUCUGUCCUUGCUCCAAUCUCUCCUGAAAUACCAUGGGCUCUUAUUUUGUUAAGUAGCCUCAUGUACACCACCUUGUCAAAGGGUUUUUGAAAAGCCAAGCAAGCAACAUCCAUUGACUCUCCUUUCUAUCCUGUCUGUUAUUUCUUCAAAGGUUUCUAACAGAUUUGUCAGGCAAGACUCCCCUUCAUAAAACCAUGCUGUCUUAGGCCUAUUUUAUUAUGUGCUUCAAGUACCCCAAAGCCUUAUUCUUAAUAAUGGACUUCAGCAUCUUGCCAACCACUGAAGUCAGGCCAACUGGUAUAUAAUCAACCUUUCUUUUGCCCCCCUCCCUUCUUGAAGAGCGGAGUGACAUUUGUCAUUUCCAGUCCUUCAGAGCCAUUCCAGAACUAGAGAUUUUUGAAAGAUCACUACCACUGCCCCCAAAAUCUCUUCAGCUACCUCUUUCAGAACCCUGGGGUACAGUUCAUCUGGUUUCCAAGCACCUUCUCCUCAGUAAUAGUGACUGCACUCACUUCAGCCCCCAACACUCGAAGUUCUGGCAUGCUGUUCCAUAAUGAAGACUGAUGCAAAAUAGUUUUUGUGUUCGUCUGCCAUUUCUUUGUACCCCAUUACUACCUCUCCACCAUAAUUUUUCAGUGGUCUGAUAUUCACUUUUGCUUCUUUUUAUUCUUCAUAUAUCCGAAAAUACUUUUGCUGUCCUCUUACAUUGUUUGCCAACUUACUUUCAUAUCUUAUCCUUUCUAUAUUUAUUGCAUUUUUAGUUGCCUCUUGAUUUUUAAAAGCUUUCCAAUCCUCUAGCUUCACAGUAGUUUUUGCUGUAUUGUAUGCUCUGUCUUUUGUCUUUAUACUGUCUCUAAUUUUCCUUAUCAGCCACUUUUCUUAUCCUCCCUUUAGAAUGCUUCUUUGAGAUGUAUUGUUCCUGCAUCUACCAAGUUACUCCUAGAAACUCCAGACAUUGCUGCUGUAAUAUCUCUAAUGUCCCCUUCCAAUAAACUUUGGUCAGCUCAUCUCAUGUCUCUGUUG